AUGACAAGCUAUAUCGCAAAAUGGGUUGGGGGGAAGCUUAUUCAAGACAAGAUUCUUAAGGAGAGGCUUGAGAAUAAGUUUGGUGUUGAUGACCCAUACUUCGAACAGGUCCCAGCUACGAGACUGAACGGCACUCCAACUGGUAAAUUUAAGAAAGUUCGCAAGGCUGCACCGCCUGGUAUUUCGGCGCACGAUGCAGAGGUGCUCACCAAGGUGAAGAGAAGAGCGUACCGGCUCGACAUGGCUUUUGGUAGCUUUCUUGGCAUCAAGUUUGGAUGGGGUAGCUUCAUCGGCUUAUUUCCAAUAUUCGGGGACCUUACGGACGCCUUCCUGGGAUUACUGGUCAUUCGCACGGCGAAACAGAUCGAGGGCGGCUUGCCCUUUGGGCUGCGACUCCGCAUGUACAUCUGGCUGUUAUUCGAUUUGAUCAUUGGGCUGGUCCCUUUCGUCGGUGAUAUUGCCGACGCGCUAGUUCUUGCCAAUACACGGAACGCAGCCGCCUUGGAGGCUCAUCUUCGAGAAAAGGGCAAGAAAAAUCUCCGUGCUAGCGGCCAGCAGAUUCCUGCGACCGAUCCGAGCGAUCCUGUCGAAUUCGAUCGUCUCCAUACCGAGUCUCCGGGCACAUCGCGUACUUCUCAUGCAAGAAAAAAUCCCACCAAGUCAUCGGGUCAACAUGCUCCUCAGACAAGUGGCGUUGCUACUACACAGCCGCCUCCAUCGCGACCGAAUCCGGGAAGAGUCCAAGACGACCGGCGGGGCAGAUCUAGCAGAAGUUUCUUCGGGUUUGGUAGCAAAAGGUCUCGACCCACCGAUGUCGAGGCCGGGAAUCCCCCCGCCAACUAG